CGCUGGAGCGCACGCACCCGCUCGCACCGCCCUCCUGCCCGUCCGCUGCCGGUAGGAGCAGAGGAGAGAGAGAGAGAGAGCGAGCAGACCGGAGCGCAGCAUCAACAGUCGCGCGGUACUGUCUGCGGGGAUGUGGCAGCGAAUCUUCGGCUAGAAAUGCCCCCGUGCGAUUCUCAAAGUUUGUCUUCUGUGAGAGGUGAAGACGCAGAGGAAAUCUAAGCGCGCGAGAGAGAGACAGAGAGAGAGAAAAAGAGAGAGAGACAGAGAGAGAGAGAAAAAGAGAGAGGGGGGGAAACAAAUCGUGCAUCAGCCGCUGCAGACAUUUCCAGCGGUGCCUUUGCUCCGUCUAUCGAGAUCGCGGAGCUCCCCGGUGUCCGAAUCAAUCCAACCGGUGGGAGACAAACGGACAGAACGCAGCCCACUUCUUCACGUAUCCCCCGCUGACACCUGCGUUUGGGUUUGGACUCCCCCUCCUCCUCCUCCUCCUCCUCCUCCUGCAGUGUGGAGGUGAGUGCCGAUGCGCUGAUCCUGUGAUGUAGUCGUCAGUGAGCCGAGGUGACGGUUGCCGAAGGACUUGCAGCUGACACACUGCAGUGAGCCUGGACAUAUGAAGCCCAACUCCCUGCCGGUCUUAAUGGGAUGCAGCCAGAUACAUUAUUAAUGCCAAGCCUGGAAGACCCCUGCCACUUUGAUGUGUGAGCACACCCACAGAUAAUGGCCCAUAGGAUGCGCAGUGGAAAUACAGCUGAGGUGUUCAUGUAUCCCGUUCAGGUCAACCUGCAGACUUUCUCCCACAAACACAUCUGACUUUUACAAGGUAAUCUCUCUCUGUCUUUUUCUGCAUCUGAAAAAUGUGUCAUUGUGCUAAAUUAUACUUUGGUGUCUAGGCCAGAGUGGCUGUCUCCGAUUGUUUUUUCCGUGCAAUGUUCUCCUGCAGAGGAGUGACAUUAGAAAAGGUAAAGCGAAUCAAAGUCGCAACUCAGCAGCCAUGAAGACUAAUUUGCUUUUAACCCUGUUGACUCUGACAAAGCCAGGCUUUAUCUCAUGCAAUCCUUAAACUUAUUGGGAUGAUUCCUCUGUGAAACUGAGAAUGCAGAGUGGCAAGACAAGGGUAUAUAUAUAUAAUUUUUUUUUCUGGUUCCAUAUUCACACACUGUGACAGAUUGAAACUGCAAAGCUGUGUUUGUGUUGGCUAGAUGAAGGAACGCUCCUGCCCAGAGGGUUUAUCAGGGAGAGAAAAUAUUGACCGUCAACAGUUGCACUUUGGUGGUGUUAUUGCUUUUCACACUUGCGUGAUACAGACAGCAGUCGCCAAGCACAACAAUUGUAAACCUGCAGCCGCAUAUCCAGCUUACGCCGUUUACUUUUGAGCUCAUUUCUCCAAAGACAAAUGAUGUGAAAGUGCUGGAACAAGGUGGGGAGGAAAAGAAAAUACUUACUCUUUAGGUGAGAUGGGAAACCCAGCAGGGCCUCUACAUUAAGACCACAAAACAGCAGCAUAUUGUGUGUGUCCCGACUCUUUUCAAUAUGCUGCAGCAUGUCACUUGCUCAGCCUGCCUCUCUGAUUAUCGGUUAGUGCACAGGUGAAGUCAAUCCAUCACCUCAAUAUUAGAAGGUCUAACUGUGACGGUAUCGCUUAUGACUGCAGCUGUACAUUAUGAACUCACCAAUAUCACAUGUCAAAGUUGAUUUGUUGGCAAGAGCAAGAAGUAACACUUUUGCCAAUUAAUUGAAUUGUACUGAUAUGAUCACAGUGUUUUUCAAUUCCAAGUAACUUGUGAUGGCAUUUUUUUUGUUAAACGUGAUGUAUAAUAUCCAGCAACCGUUUGUGAAAGGUACGCGGUAAAGCAAGCAAGAAAGUCCACUAAGGGUGGGUUGGAGGUUUUGGCAGAUGGGCCAAACAGACACAAGACCUUCACCCAGGAGACAGCUGUUUGUGUCAGCUGUAAAACCACAAGUAAACAUGGACUUUACCCUUGUUACGUUGUUACGCUUCUGUGCUGUUAAGUCCGCUAAGGGUUGUUGGACUUUCACCAUGUCACAUUGUUGCGUUAUUGUUUUAACACAAACAUUAUCUUUUUUUCUAACCUUGACCAAGUAGCUUUGUUGCCUCGAUGUAACCUUUCGUUUACAUGGCAGUUAACCAUGUGGCAAUACGUGUUUCUUCAAGCGUGAUACAAGACAGCUAAAAUUUAAACUUUUUCCUUCAGAAGCAUCCCAUCUCGUUGUUUGCAGAAAGGUACAAUGCCAAACAUGUUUAUGCUGACUUGCUUGAACCACACACGUAUGAAUGUCUGUUUGAGUCCUUUGCAGUACCAAUAUUGGCUCAAAAAUUACAAUUGUUUUAAGUAUUUUUAUCCAAUUUAUGGGAGCAGAUGACAAUGUAGCGAGUACUGGUGGAGAUAGGAUCUUGCAUACUCUGCCAAACCGUACUACUGUACAUAUACGUAUGAGAACCAUACUGGGACUAAUGUUGGGAUAUUCAUUUGAACCAUAUUGCUCAGCCCCAUAAUACAAGUUUUUCUACAUUUUGACUUGUUUGUUUUGCCCCCAUAAAGGAACUCUGCAUCACUACUGGGCUAGACUGCUGUAGCUGUUGUCGUUUUUCUAACCUAUAACAUUUUUAAGUGGUACACUCCAGUGAAUGAGACGUUUGACAUUCUGAAACGGCGGGGACUUGAAACAGCUUAAAUCAGGGGCCGAGGUGAUCCUCCACAUUCUCAUCUGCUUCAAUGGUGUGCCAAUGUGGGCGUACAUUAAAGAUUCAUGCAAACAGCUGUUUCUUACAGGACCAGCAUGGCUCAGAGCGAGGCUGUGUGCUUCGCUUUCAAAUCAGGGAAACCUGGAGGAGCUGGGUUUUGAAAGCAUAGCGUCCAAGCUACUGUACGAGGGCACGCUCGUCACAUAAAAAAAAGACAGCUAGAAGCUGAUAACAUAUCCCUUAAAUUUAGUGCAAAUAAAUCGUGUAGGCAGCAUACACUGAGGAUUUACUAAGAGUCACAUCUUUGAAAUGAUUUUUUUGUAAAACUUCAGCUCUUAAGAGGUGCAAUGUGUCGUAUAUAGCCACAUGCUCCAAACAACUAGGCAGCAAAUAGCUCUCUGAGACAGACCUCCGGUUAUCGGCGCUGUAGUAACACAAAUUCCGUCAGUGCAAACCCCAGCGCCAGGAGUGGAACUGUCCCAACUCACCGCUGGAUCUGCAAAGUUUCUGUUGCAGCCGUUGUACAGGCUGGACCCAGCCCGCUGUGACUCCUGGUGCUGGGGUUUGCGCUAGCUGAAUGAUAGUUGCUAUAGCUAACCGCUAACUGAAGGCCCGACUCCCAGAGCCGUUGUCCGCCCUCCUCCGGGAAAAAUAGUAUCGUACCUUCAACGUGAUUGACACGCCGUCGAGCUCUACGUCUUGGUCGUCUCAUGUUGCACCGAGAACAGACUGGAAGCCUUCAGUGACCCGCCAUCGCUUCCCGAGGUACUCGUGGUAUUGCAAGACAGGACGGGCAGCGGCUAGCUAUGUUUUAAACUAAAAUUCUGGUCACAUCUCACACAUUUCAACAUACGCAGUGAGUCCGAUCCAAACUCGGAGUAAACCGUAUUAGUGGAAGCAGUUAAUUGGAUCAUAUUAGUCAUUUCCAUACAACAGCUUUGACAUUUUCCUAAUCGAGCAUGAAUUGAAUUGUGAAGCACCACCAUCAUAGAAGGCAUCAAAGAAAGGCGCGCGUUUAUCCGAGCUGACAUUUGUCCGCUAUCUCACAACAGAUGCAGUGAUAAUAUAUGCCGGCUCCUGACAGCCGUGCAGCCACCGAAUGCAGAGGCUGAGUGAUGUACGUUGGGUACAUCUGAGCUGCCAUCAUGCUCUCCCCCUCUUAUGCCCACAUGCACUCUGACUCUCAUGUUGACUCUCACAUUUGUUCUGUCUCAUUUUCACCGUCUCUCGCAUGUAUCCUGAUACGCUCUUUCCUCCUUCGCACCGGUAUCUAUGGGGAGACUGAGGGUAUUGUUGCAAAAACCAACAAAAGAAAAAAAAAAGGUUAAUUAAAUAUCUAUGUGUGUGCUGCAUUGAGACGGAUUAAACCAACGAAUGCAGCUGAAAACUGGAGGUGUUUGAGUGUGCUCUGACAAAAAAAAGAAACUGAAUGGUCCUUAUGAGUUUUACACAAUAGCGUACUCUCCUCCACUGAGACAGGCCAUGACCUCCUCGCAGGAGCUUACAGUGACCAUUUCAAUGGUAAUGUGACAGGCUGAUUGCCAAUUUACAGCCCACACAAAAGCAUUGCCCCACGGAAUCAAAGGACAGCUCUGUAAUGACAAACGCAAACAACUCGGAGAGCUCCAACCAAAUGCUACGAGCUGUUUUUGCCUCCUUUUUAAAAUGACACUCUCAAUCACAGCAUCAGGAAAAAGAAGAGACGUCUAAAUCUUAAAAUAGAAACAGUGUUUUCACCUAUCGGCACAAAGCCGCCCCGCCAUGCUCAAUGGUGCGAUGGCGAGCUAUUCCUGCUGGAUAUCGCAGUAAUAAGCAGACGCGCCCCUUUAGAAAUAACAGCUGGUUGUGUUUUUGUAAUGGUGAGGCUCCAUCACCGCCCGUCACUCCUCGUUCAUCAGCAGCUGUUGGCCAUGCAUCCCAUGUGAUUGCUCUCACUCUCUGCCAUGGUGCGCCAUUUCUUUUCUCCCCGCACUCAUCAUUUUGAUCAAUGCGUCAUAAUGUAAACAUUACGGUAGUUGAGUGCGAUGUCUGCACUCAACUACCGGUCGGUCGGUGGGUUAGAACACUGUGUAUUUCUGUUGAGGUUAUGAACAGAGUAUCUGUUGUUCCAGACAUAUUUUGUGAGUAUUUCGAGUAAUUAAAGCAUUUUCUUCCAUCAUCUAAAAUGGUUUUACCUUGAUGGAUCUCAUUGCUUUUUGCCGGGGCAUUCAUACAUUUCUUUCUUCCAAAGUUCAGUCACAACAAGAAGACAAAUUUUCUAAUUUAAUUUUCAAUUGUACCAAGGGGGGAAGCCUGGUUUACAACACUCUCUGUGGGUUGGCAGAUUAUUUAUGGACCUCAUCACGGCAAACACAAGAAGAGUUCUAUGAAAUGUUGUCUGCCGUCAGUCCGACACAUUAACCCUUAAUGUCUGUGUAGCCAGGCGAAGUGGGGGUAGGAAGGUUUUUGUACUGUCCCUGAUAGAUAUGACUUACGUGCAGAGUUAGUGACAGUGACAGAUGCUGCUCUUAUUUUAGGCGUACUGUCACUUUAAGAACAAUGAAGCGUGAGCUACGCGAGAGCACGGAGUUCACGUGAGAUGUAGGAAUACAGAGCGGGAAUCAGAGGCUACUGAGGACCGAGCGUUAGCUUUUAGCAUCCACUGAACUGAAGGGAAAGACCUGAACAACGGGUCAGCAGGGGAGACUGAAGCUGCCGUGAGUUCCGUGUGUGUGGGUCCGAGCACACAGGCCGAGUACUGAUAUGGGAGAAUCCCAGUGAGAGCCUGUACAGCAUGAGGCUGGUGUGGAAAUCCCUGGACAAGAUGAGGUGUCUGAGGAAACGCUCUACUAUUCCCUUCCUCGGCUUCCUCAUCACCUUCCUCCUCUUCCUGAACCUCUACAUUGAAGAUGGCUACGUGCUGGAAGGAGAUAAAAGGCAGCUCAGGGAAACAUCAGUCCACCCUUCGAGCGCAGAGCGAUACGUUCACACAUUCAGAGACCUGAGUAAUUCCUCUGGAACCAUUAAUGUCACGUAUCGUUAUCUCGCUGGUACCCCGCUGAACCGCAAGAAAUAUCUCACCAUUGGACUGUCGUCAGUCAAAAGAAAAAGAGGGAACUACCUCCUGGAGACGAUCAAGUCCAUCUUUGAUCAGUCCAGUUACGAGGAGCUCAAAGAGAUCGUGGUCGUGGUCCACCUGGCAGACUUUGACCUGGCCUGGUGUGAGAACCUGGUGCAGGAAAUCACCAGGAAGUUUGCCCACCACAUCAUAGCCGGACGCCUCCUGGUGAUCCAGGCCCCAGAGGAGUACUAUCCGUCUCUGGACGGGCUGAAAAGGAACUACAACGACCCGGAGGACCGGGUCCGUUUCCGCUCCAAGCAGAACGUGGACUACGCUUUCCUCCUCAACUUCUGCACAAACCUCUCUCACUUCUACAUGAUGCUAGAGGACGACGUGCGCUGCUCCAGGAACUUCCUGACGGCGCUGAAGAAGGUGAUCACCUCCAGGGAAGGUUCCUACUGGGUGAUGCUGGAGUUCUCCAAGCUGGGCUACAUCGGGAAGCUGUACCACUCCAGGGACCUGCCACGUCUGGCUCAUUUCCUCCUCAUGUUCUACCAGGAAAUGCCCUGCGACUGGCUCCUCAUCCACUUCAGGGGUCUGCUGGCCCAGAAGGACGUGAUCCGCUUCAAGCCCUCGCUGUUCCAGCACAUGGGCUACUACUCCUCUUACAAAGGAGCCGAGAACAAGCUGAAGGACGACGACUUCGAGGAAGACUCCAUAGACAUUCCUGACAACCCUCCCGCCAGCAUGUACACAAACAUCAACGUCUUUGAAAACUACGACGCCACCAAGGCGUACAGCACCGUCGAUGAGUAUUUCUGGGGGAAGCCUCCUUCAACAGGAGACUUCUUUGUCAUAGUAUUUAACAAAUCUACCAAAAUUAGUAAAAUUAAGAUUGCUACUGGUUCCGACGACCGACAGAAUGACAUUCUUCACCACGGAGCUCUGGAGGUCGGAGAGAAACUAGUUGGGACUAAAAAAGGGAAACAGUGUUCCUCUUAUAUCACAUUAGGGGAGUUUAAAAAUGGCAACAUUGAGGUGCAAGAUGUAGACCACAAAAUUGCCUUUGACAUUGAGUGUGUUCGCAUUGUGGUAACAGCCAGUCAGAAAGAGUGGCUCAUCAUUAGAAGUAUAAGUUUAUGGACUACACAACCCCCCAGCCAAUAAGGACUACACACAAAGACUCUUAGUAUGUCUUAGAGGCAAAGGUUUUUAUUGUUAUUAUUUAAUAAUCUAUGUAUUUCCAGGUUUAUUUAUUCAUUUUAUAUGUAUUUAUUGAUACUCACUUUGAUUGCCAAAUUAGUCUAUAGUUUUUUAUACCUGCAAGUUGUAAACUUAGUGGAGCAUCUUCACAGUCAUUGUUAAGGACUGUUGAGCUGACCUCACACUAUUCAUGAACGUGUGUUUUCUUAAAUGUUCCUUUAGUUAUUUCAGAUCUUGAUAGCUGGGCGAUAUCUCAGUGUUGUGUUUGACCAACUUUUAGUGAUAUUGUACAGAUAUAAUCAUAUUAUGGUAUUGUUUUACAACAUUCCCUAUGUUCAAAUCCUACGAAAAGACCAAACCCAACAAUGAAUUGAUCCCACUUACAAGUAUUGUAUCCAAAGUCCGAUAUAUUUUAUUCCUUUUUGCCAGAGACCUCCGUUGUUGUCCAAAAACUGUUGCAGUCAGUGAGCCAUUCCAAUUCACUGGGGGACAUGCUACUUCAUUACAAUAAAGAUGGGCCCUUAUACAAGGUCGUGCUUCUGUAAAUACUCACUAAUGCACCAUUAUAACAGCAAUGUGUAGUAAUCCACAGCUGAAGAUAGCUUCAGGAUUUACGUUUCAGAAGAAGUGAAUGGGCUUGGGGCUAAGAUCCUCAGACAGGGGAAGUCAAACACUACUCAGAGAGGGAACAACACAUUUUAGGGUUUGUGUCUUUUCAUGGGAUUUGUUGACAUUAAUCACACCAGCCUUAUACUUAAAUGGUUCCAAGCUAAAUAUAAUUGAAGUGUUGCAUUUAGAGAGUUUUGACCGGUGUAGAGUGUAACCAUGAACCACAUUUCAUUGCAUUAAACCAGCACAGUUGCCAGGAAAAUAAUAUUGCAUGUUGAGUUCCUGCAAACAAUGGAUGCGUUGAACGUGGACGUUUUUGCAUUCAGUCAGAGGAAGUGACGUAAUAUAUCGAGCCGUUAUUGAAAGUUAUAACAAGCAACAAAGAUAGUUUAAAGAAACACUGGACUUUCACCCGGGACACCGCUGUUUGUGUCUUAUGUGAAACCAAAGGUAAACAUUGACUUUACGCUUGUUGUUACGUAAGAAUGUCCGCCAAAGAUUGUUGCUAUUUAUUUACGCUAGUUAAGUUGUAACAGUUGUUAAGUUAUGUUGUUAGGCUAUUAUUCUGACAUAUUUCUUUCUAUUCUUAACCAAUCGUUUCACAACGUCAACCACGUGUCAUUGUGCGUUUCUGCAAGUGUGAUCGAGGUUGAUAUGAAACGUAUUAAUGAAACAUAUUUUUGGCACAAAAGCUUUGACAUUCAACAUUUCCCGUGCUUUGCAGAAAUGUACAAUGCCAACUAUUUUUUCUGGCGACUGGGUAGAUUGAACAUCAGUAUCCACCCUACAGUACCAUUACUGAUUUCUGUUAAUUUUAUUAUAAUUGACCACGGUUGCUCCUCUAAAUAUUAUGAACCAUUUAUAAUCUAUGAAUGUGGGAAAAGGAUAGUUAUUAAGAGGUGUAGUUAAAUUAUUUUUUAGAAACAGGUUCUCCUUGAAAAUACCGUCCAAUUAAAGCUAUUUAACAAAAGCUUAGCACUGGGAUUUCUCUCUUAACUAUUUCCCUCAUUGAAAACUCACCAGGAGAGUGUCAGAGGGCAUCGUUGCCGUGAAUAUUCAUCAUGUCACAGCUAACUUUUGGCAGUCUCAAAUUUUCUUUCCCGAUUUAAUCAUCUCCUCCUGUUUGAGGUGAGUGGGCUGAGCUCCUCUACUGGCGCCGUUACAGUAUGUUCCGUCAGGGCUGCUGACAGGAGAACAAUGUUUGUUUUCACCCAUCUUCUCUCGGAGCUGAGAUUAGAUUGCACAGUGAAGAAUGGGCCAGGUCUGCUCUUAGGUCUCUCUUUCUUUUUUUCCACCACAGCACAAUUUUCCCCCAGCAAAUUGGUCUGUGUUUGCCUCACGCUCUACACCAGCAAAACAACAUCUCCCCUGAAGCUAUAGAAUCUCAAUUCGCUCUUUUCCCCCCAAUGUUGUGCUCUCACAACUCCGAUGUUUCUGCUCCUACAUGGUUGCCUCCCUGUGAUCUUUGCUCUCGCUUCAUGCAGUCUGCCGCUGCUUUGGGGAAACUUGCUCGGCUUUUCCUUUGAUGUAUCCAUUUUCAAAUUCCCCACCUUGCCUCGUGUUGUUGAACAGCAAACAUUUGCGAGAAUUGACACUGCACAUAUUAACUGAUGAUCACCGUGUAGCAAUUCAGAGCCGUGCUUUGAAAACAACCUUGUCACUUUCCAUGUUCGUGUAAUUCUGACCUGUCGGUGAGCAAUGUUCAGUGACCGAUUAGUUUCUACAUCGAAACGGCGUCAAGGAAUCCCUCAACAAUGCAAUAAAGAGGUAAAUGUUUACAUAACGCCCACGUUCUUUGGGAACACGAGGUUGAAGCAGAUUGUCAUUAAGCAUGCUGCGACAGUUCCGUAACGCUUUGUUCAGCUGUUGCGAUAGCCACCUGUUCCGUGUUUUCCCUCAAGGUCUUGUUCAGUGUCACAGAUCAAGGCCUUUCGCAGAUUGGCUUGUACCGGCACCUCAAAAUCCUUCCUCAGCAAAUCCCCCAUGUGCUAUCUGAAAUGAAAUUAGAAUGCCCCACCACCACCACCACCACAAUGUAGCUCAUUGUUUUUCCUCAGCAUUUCCCUUGGAAAGUCGCUAUUCAUUUUGGUGAACGAUUCCGUGACCUGCAUGGAUCGGGUGGCGGGGUGGGGGUCUCGUUUCAAUGGAUGAUCCUCGGAAACACAAUCUACAAUUGUGCCGUGCAUCCGUUCUUUGAGACGCACGUCGCGGUGCCAAUUCAGCCCGGUAUUAUACCUGCCUAUGAGCUAUAAACACAUGAUGUCACCGCAGGGCAGUUAGCUGUUUUACAAGUGUAAUGGAUGGCUUUGGUACGCCUCGCACUCACAAGUAGACCAAUCGUGUCGUGUGGCUGUUAUUUCUGGAGGAGAGAUUGCUGUCUGAUCUUUAUUUGAAAUAAGACGCCGGCCAAAACGAGCUGCUCGCUGCAGAUUUAUGAACAGAUUUACAUCUUGGGGAUAACAACAAAAGCCGCAUAAAUUCCUCAACUGGAUGUCAGACAAACUGCUGAGCACAGCAUUCUUCGCUAUUGGCAGCAUGUUUGGCAAACCACAAUCCAUACUGGCGCCUCGAGUGAACAGCGUGCACAGGAUCAGUUACACUGUACAUUUCACUGAAUACUAAAGGAUGGUUUUUGUUCCUCUUGUUUAGUACUUACAGCAAAUAAAUGGCCAUUUCCCAUGUCCAUUUGUCAAGAAUUACAAUCUCUGUGAUGGAAAAAAGGGGCAGAUGUUUGUGAAUCACUUGCAGGAAGGUAACUGUCUAAGUUUGUUUAAUUAUAUUGGUUGUGAGGGUCCGAUCCCCCAAAGCUCCAAGCAAGUGA